AUGUACAAGAAUAAGUCCAAUAUACCAUUGAAAUAUUCGACUAUUAUGACUAAAAGACUUAUGCAUAACCAAAAAUUAGCUGAACUUCCAAAAACAACUAGCUUUACUAAACACAUUAGUCCUGAUGGCAGAAUUCCAAAGCCCGAAGAUGCUAUAGCAAAUAAGGAUAAUAUCAUACAUGUUCCAAGAGUGUUACAAAAAGGAGGAUUUUCCUGGACUCUUCCAGAAAAGAGAAAAAAAUAUAAGUAUUUAACUACAAGUGCUAAAGCAUUGGAAGAUUUAGGGAUAGACUCUCUGGAGGUUGAUAAUCCCGAGUACCAAAAAUUAGUCAGUGGUGAAUUCUACCUUGAGAAUGAAGACUUCCAAGAAAAGGGAUAUCCAUUUCCAUACUCACAAGCAUAUGCUGGGUGGCAAUUUGGACAAUUUGCCGGUCAAUUAGGAGAUGGAAGAGUUGUGAAUUUGUUUGAAGUUCCCAAGAAUGUGAAGGACAAGACCAACAGACACAAAUAUGAAUUGCAAUUAAAAGGAGCUGGAAUGACUCCAUAUUCUAGGUUUGCUGAUGGUAAGGCGGUCAUAAGAUCGUCGAUUCGAGAAUAUAUUAUAUCUGAGCAUUUAAAUGCUGUGGGUAUUCCAACGACAAGGGCUUUAUCAUUAUCAUAUCUUCCUGAGACCUUUGCGCAACGUCAUAGGGCAGAAAAAUGUGCAAUUGUUUCAAGAUUUGCUGAGCUGUGGGUGAGAUUAGGUACGUUUGACCUUUAUAGGUGGAGAAGUGAUAGAAAUGGUAUAAAGGAAUUAUCCGAUUACGUUAUAAAUGAAUUAUUCACAAUUGAUGGUGAAAAAUUCGGUUUCUUAAAUAAGAUUCUAGCAGAAAGAGAUGAUUUUUUUGAUAAUAGUAAAGAAACUAUCGGAGAUCUUACAGAUUAUGACAAAAUGUAUUUGGAGACUAUUGUAAGGAAUGCAUCUACCACUGCCAUUUGGCAAUCUUACGGCUUUUUGAACGGUGUAUUGAAUACUGAUAACACAUCAGUCCUUGGCCUUGCCAUUGAUUUUGGACCUUUUUCAAUAAUGGAUAAGUUCGAUCCAAACUAUACUCCAAAUUCGGAAGAUCAUGAACUUAGAUAUAGUUACCGUAACACCCCUACCGCAAUUUGGUGGAAUUUAACUAGAAUGGGUGAAAACCUUGCAGAAUUAAUUGGGGCUGGGCCUGAGAUAUUAAAUGACCAAUUUUUUAAGGAAAAUGGUAUCAAAAAUGAAUGGGAAGAUAGAAUUAUUACAAGAGCAACAAAGGUAAUUGAAGCAGGUGGUGAACUUUAUCAGUAUGCAUUUACCAAAAAGCAUGUUGAAACUAUUUUCAAAAGAUUAGGCUUAGAUUCAUCUUUGAUAAACGUCAAAGAUCCUGAAGUCAAUUACAAGGAAUUGAUAGAUCCCAUGUUAGAUAUGUUGCAUAAGGUACAGUGCGAUUUCAACAAGUUUUUCCUUAUAUUACAAAGCUCCGAUUUAGAAGAAGGUUAUGAUGCAAAGCAAAUCGCAGAAUCCAUUCUUUUGCCUGGCCAUAAUGCUUCAGAAAGCAAGUAUUCUACUCAAGAAUUGAUUGAUCAAAUUUGUAAUUGGUUAAAGAUUUACGAUGGCUAUAUACUAAAAUCAGGUAACUCCAAACGGAAAUCGAUUAGCAAAUAUUCUAACCCACUAUUUUUACCACGUAAUUGGAUUUUGAAUCAAGUCAUUGAAUUUACAGAAGAUACCAAUGCUGAAGACUUGUCGUACUUGAAAAAGCUUGAAAAGAUGUGCUUCAAUCCAUACGAUAAAUCAAAAUGGGGAAAUGAAUUGAAAGAAUUAGAGCAAGAGUGGUUGUUGCAAAGUGAUAUAGGUACCAAUUACUCAAUGCUUCAAUGUAGCUGUUCCAGUUAG